AUGGACAUAGGAUCGCAGCACCCGGACGCCCCAGUGCUGCGCCCCGAGGUGUAUUCCGGUGAACCGGACCCUGAACUGCUGGGCCUUAUGCUGUCACGACUCCAGGGGAGACCAAUGGACUUUAUGGCAUGUGCACGAGACACGCCUCCAGGCAAGGACGGUACUUGCACAUUGUACCUGUGCCGGUGUGCAGUGGUGGAGCUGCCGUACCUGCAGCCUGCCCUCUACCCCGCCGCCGCCAAUCAGACCUCCCCCUCCGCAUCCAUGCGCUCGCCUGCCGCGUCUUCCGAACCACAACAAGCGCAACAAGAGCACCAGCAGCACCAGCUGCUGCAGGCCGCGGCCACGCCGGCGGCGAUGGCGGAGCAACAAAAUCCGGAGCCACGGGGGGGGUUGGGAGCCGCCGCCGCCGCCACCGCCGCCGCCGCCACCAGCAGCAGCAUCCGCGACCCCGUUCGGGCCGUGUGCAUUGAGCUGGUUGGCAACCGCUUCCUGCGCCGUAUGGUCAGGGUUUUAGGGGGGUGCUUCAAGGGAGAGUGCCUGGAGGUCACGUGCCAUUUCGACCACGUGCACACACUGGCGGAUGUGCAAGCAGCAUUGUAUCGGGUGGCGAUGUGCGGUUGUGUUAAUUGCAACACGGAGUUGAAGUGGAGAGGAGUUGCUUGGCCGGAACUCCCUGUCAGAGGCCUUAUCCAGAGGUUUCUAUCAAACUGUGGACUGGAUAUGGAUCCUGACGCCGUGGAGCUGCACCUGGACCGGUACCUUCUCCCACCAACAAGCAGGUUUGGAGCGGUUGUGACCCGAUGGCACCGACCUGUCGGUGCGCACGAUGUCGUGCGUCUCAAGGCCCUAGUUCACAGGCACGCACCGGGCAAGGCUCGCGCCAAGUUGGAUGCCCGCGGCCCUCCGCGGCACACCGUGCGCCAAGUCGCCGGGCGCGCUGUCGCAGCUAUGGCCACGUCAGCGGGUCCGACGCGGCUGCAAAGCAUCGUCAGCGCUGCGGCUGAGAUGAGUCUGCUGCCUUACACCUUUACCAACUGGACGGAAGCCUGGGACCACAGCCUGAUGAAGGUGGCCGUCCUGCUGUUCCGAACGCUGCUACCGGACAGGCCCAGCGCCGCCAGCUCCCUCAUGCAGGCCUGCUCCGACCUGCUUGACUUGCCCUCCGACUUCGCGCCGUGCGGCAGCCUGUACCGGGGCCUCUGCACCCUGCAGCUACACGUCAAUCUGCUGCAGGCGGCCAACGAGCUGAAGGCAGCUGGGCUCGGAGCGACGGGGGUUCCGGCACCGACCGCGACCCGGGAGGCUCGUCAGCUUGAGAGCGCCCUGGAGGCGAUGAAGCAACUGUUAGACAAGGCCGCUGUGCAUGUGGGUAUGGUUCUGGAGCAGCUGAGUUACUUCGGAAGCGAGCUCAGCAGCAUACUGGAUAGCUACCUCCCGCCGCCGGUGCCAGUGGAGCCGCUACUGCUGCCGGGGGCCCCCGGUGCUUCCGGCGGUGGGGUCAGCGGCGGCGGCGGCGGGGGCGGGGGCGGUGCGGCAGCUGCUCGGGUGUCUGGGGGGCCCUGCGGCGCUGCGGCAGCGCCCUGUGGUGGUGGUCGGGACCUGCGACUGCAGGUCGCAGAGCUGCUGGAGCCGUAUGCUGCCAUGCAGCUGUUGGAGGCUUUCGGGCGCAUGGCAGUGGCGGGUUACCCCACCGGCGCGCCUCCGCCGCUGCUCCCUACCGGCACCCUGCCGGCCGGCUGGGACUGCCACCGCAGCCUCUUCCACGCAGUCCUGGAUCUGGCCGCACAGGCAGGUGUCCGAAUUGGCCCCCCGGAGUGGGCCGCGGCUGGAAGCAGCAGCAGCGGCGGCGGCGGCGGCGGUGCGGAGGAAGGCUUGCUGCCGAGCCACGGGUGGCCGGGGACGCCUGGCGGCGGCGGCGGCGGCGGCCCCACCCCCACCCUGGAGUUGCCGCUAGUCGCCAGCAUGCUGGAUGCGUUGCUGCAGCUGCACGUGCAGGCGCACUCCCAGUGCGGUGGCGGCGGCGGCGGCGGCGGAGGUGGUGGCAACAGGUCGGGAGGAGACUGGCUUCAGGACGUGACAUCCGUACUGGCGGCGGUGUGUGACGUGUACGCGCUGGCUGGCGGUGGCAUGGACAUAGACGCGGAGGCGGAGGCGGACUUGUCGCCAGUGGCGGCGGCUGCUGCACCGGCCUCCGCGGCGGCCGACGGAGGCGGUGGCCUGGCAGCGGCGGCGGCGGCGGCAGCGGCGUUGCCGAUUAGUGCCAUGGCGUCGGCUACGGUGGCUGCCGCCGUUGGCGCCUCCGCGAUAGCCGCGGUGGCGACGGUGGAGUCGACGCGGCUUGGUGGCGUGGCGGGCCCAUCCGCCGCCGCCGCCGCCGGCGGCGGCUCAUCCCUGACAUGGGUUGACAGCGACGCCGCUGCCACAUCGCCCUUGACCUCUUCUCCGGGGCCCUCCGCGCCAAGGACACCGCAACCCGGAGGCAGCGGCGGCGCGGGCUGUAGCACCCCCGUCGAGCAAUUCUUGGACCUUGGAAACUGUGGCAGCGGCGAUGUUGCAGGGAGGGUCUUGUCGCAGGCCGACGGGGACGUCCCGUCAGAGCAACUGCUUCCCAAGGCCGCAGCUACAGCCGAUGGGCCGCCAGAAGAGGAUGAGGAAGAUGACGACCGGGCAUUUACGCCAGCAGCUACGCCGCAGCUGGCUGCGCCGCCGGCCGUCGCCGUCGCGGCCGCUGGCUCGGGACUCAAAGCCGGCGCAGCGAUCGCGACGCCAGCGGCGGCGUAUUACAAGCAGGCGCUGGACGAGCUGCUCAAGCCCUUAUCGUACGUGUACGACGAGGAUGAUUUCGAUGCCCCGGUGGUGUACGUGGACAGAGCGGAUAUGUUGGGCAGCUCUUUCGCCGGCCUGAUGGACGUGGAGGAGUGGCUGGACCACGAGGGAAUAUGUGUCAAAUUUGAAGACGAGGAGGCGUACGGAGAUGGUGUCCUCCGCGAGUGGCUUACCGAGAUCGCCUCCUCCGUGUUCGACCCCAACGCGGGGCUGUUCCGGCUGUGCGAGGGGGACGUGCGCGCGCUGCACCUCAGUGCCGCGGGCAGUCAGCAGGACGACCAGCUGGAGCUGCUGAGGUUCGCGGGGAGGAUCAUCGCCCUGUGUCUCACCUUCGUGGCCUCAUGCGGCCAGCUGGGGUCCGCGCACGAGGUGUCCCUGCUGCCGGGGGGCGCGGGCGAGGACGUGGCGGUCACCGCGGCUAACCGGCGGGACUACCUGCAGCGCCUGGUGCGGUUCUACUGCACCUGGGGGUGCAGCUCUCGACACGGGAAGGUGAUGGCGGCGACGGAGGAGGAGGAGCAGGCACAGGAGCAGGAGGACAAGACCCGUGGGGAGGCGGAGGCGGAGGCGGAGGGGGGGCCGGACGCGGAGGCGGAGGCGGAGGCGGGAGGGGGAGGCAGGAAGGGGGCCGGAGAUGGUGGCGGCGGCGGUGGCAGUGGCGCGGAGGAUUGGCAGGAGUACGAGCUGGAUGCGGUUACGGCUCUAGCCCAGGGUCUUGCCGAGUCGCUAUUCCGUAUGCCGGACGAGGAGGAGGACGACCGGGUGCAGCAGCUGGCCGCGCGGCUGCGGGGCAUCAGCGCAGCCGCCUUCAACAGCCGGCUGGGCGGGGAGGUGGGGGGCAUUGAUGUCGAGGCGUGGCGCAACCACAGCAGCGCACCCGCGUUCAAGAGUGACAGAGAGCAGGCCGUGCUCAAGGUGUUUUGGGAGGUGGUUUCGGAGCUCUCUGCGGAGGAGCAGCGGCGGCUGCUGCAGUUCUGGACGGGCCUCUCCCACCUGCCCGCGGGCGGCUUCAAGCACCUGAGCCAGCACCUGCAGCUGCUGCGGGUACCGCUGCUCCCGGACCGGGCCGCGAUGAGGCAGGCAGUGGUGGAGUCGCUCGCAAACCUGGGCGCCUUCUGGGACGAGUGA